AUGCAUCCAAAAGCUAUUUUUCUCUUGAAGACCACUUAUGAGAUCGAAGUCUUAUAUAAGCAUCCCCUUCACAAUGAAUGCUCGGAGUUUAUUUUGAACGGUAGACUCUCAAAAGUUACAACAGAAGAUGAUAUUAUGAUAACGAAACUAAUUGAGACAAAUACCAAGACUCGUGAGAUUCAAAGGGCUAUUAACGACGAAGUAUACCCUGACCAUAAGUUGUACGUUAGCAACAUUGAUAGCAUGAAUACUGCACAUGCUCAAAGAGCAUGGUAUCUCUACGAAGUUAUGGUUGUAGCUGCAACAUACUUGACCAACAAUUUAGAAAUUCCUCUUAUUUGGGCUGAAGCUAUUCACGACCUUAGAGGGGAAACUUUAAAAUACUUUCAAUUACAUUUGUUUGGAUCUCUAAUGAGUAAACUGCUUCUGUGUCACUGGUAUAUGCUCAACAGUGUGAAGAAAGUUUUUUCUAGAAAGGCUGAGUCUGUGACCAAGAAAGAACAGCUUAUGAAUCAUUUUAACAAUGCUUAUGCUGAUAUAAAAGUAGAUGAUAGCAAGAUCGAAGCAUCAGCAUAA